AUAAUGGUAGUACUUUCCUUCAUUAGCCUCUAAGAAUCCCUAUCUUUUCCAAGCAAACACAGUUUAUAUAUAGUGCUUCUUUUCCUCUCUUCUUCCUUCCCAUCUAAUGCUCCCGUUUGGAGGAAAGGAAAGGAAAAUAUCUGAGAGACGCAGAAAAACAAUGGGCAGAGGUAAAAUUGAGAUUAAGAGGAUCGACAACCUCAAUAGCCGUCAGGUCACGUUCUCCAAACGUCGUACUGGGUUGCUCAAGAAGGCCAAGGAACUCUCCGUUUUGUGUGACGCCGAUGUCGCCGUCAUCAUUUUCUCCAGCACCGGCAAGCUCUACGAAUUUUCCAGCUCUAGCAUGGAUCACACUCUUUCAAGAUACAGCAAGGGUCUGAAUUCGGAUCAUCUAGAACAUCCUUCGGAUAAGCUUUCAACAGAGCAGGCGCAAGAUGAAGUGAAUGCACUGAAGGAUGAAUUUGCUAAGCUACGGUUGGAAUACCUGCGGAUGUUGGGUAAGGAGCUGGAUGACUUGAGCUUCAAAGAGUUGCAGCACCUAGAGGAACAGUUGAGUGAAGGGAUAUUAUCUGUGAAGGACAAGAAGGAGGAAGUACUUUUGGAGCAACUUAAGAGGUCCAAGUUACAGGAACAAAAGGCCGUGCAAGAGAAUGAGGCCCUGCGCAAACAGCUUGAGGAAAUGAGGCGAAGCUGCAAGUCACCUUUCCUUCAAUUCAACCCUGUGGAGAGGAGGUUUUCACUCACAGGUUCAAAAGCUGUCUCUACUUCUUCAUCUGAGGAAGAUGAUGAGCAUUCAGACACUUCUUUGCACUUAGGGUUGUCAGUAGAUGUUCGUCCGAAGAGAAAAGCACGAAAGAAUGAACAUACAUGCAAUGACUCGGGAAGCCAAGUGGCAUCGGAGUGAUAUUUUCAUUAAGCAGUUUCUGAUUGGAGUUAGAUAGUUGUAUUUAGUAGUAAGAUAAUGCUAUUAUUUACACUCGUUUACCACAUUCAUUUUACAUAUGGACUGAUGUGGCGUGUUUUAAGUGGAGCUACUUACAACACACCAUCUGCCGAUGUAAAAUAGGUGUGAUAUAAAUGAGUGAAAAGAGCGUUACUUGUUUUCAAAUUUCUGUAAAUGCUAAUGGUAAGACAUUUUAGGAAACCUUGCAAUUCAU